AAUCUCACUGACACCUACUUCUAUCUUCACCCCCAGCCGGAGAACCUGCUGCUGGCGAGCAAGGCCAAGGGCGCGGCCGUCAAACUCGCCGACUUCGGCCUCGCCAUCGAAGUCCAGGGCGACCAGCAGGCCUGGUUUGGGUUCGCCGGCACCCCCGGCUAUCUGUCGCCCGAGGUUCUGAAGAAGGAACCUUACGGCAAGCCUGUCGACAUCUGGGCCUGCGGGGUGAUCCUAUACAUCCUGCUGGUGGGCUACCCGCCCUUCUGGGAUGAAGACCAACACCGCCUCUACGCGCAGAUCAAGGCCGGCGCCUACGAUAGACCAACUCCAUCAUGGAAUAUCUGCAACGUCUCGUAUAUGAAUUACAAGAUUCUCCUCAUCAACUCGAUGCUCACCGUCAACCCCGCCAAGCGCAUCACCGCCGCCGAGGCCCUCAAGCACCCCUGGAUCUGCCAACGCGAGCGCGUGGCGUCUGUGGUGCACAGGCAGGAGACCGUCGACUGCCUCAGAAAGUUCAACGCCAGAAGAAAACUCAAGGGCGCUAUUCUUACGACAAUGCUGGCCACGGCCUGCAACUUCUCUAAAAGCAGGAGCAUCGUGACCAAGAAGGGCGACGGCUCGCAGGUGAAGGAGAGCACCGACUCCAGCGCCACCAUCGAGGAGGAGGACGUCAAGGACAAAUGCAAGACUCAAGUGGACAGGAGCUCUACUGUUAUCGCCAGAGACUUAGAAGGAUCUCCUUCUUCGUCCGUGGCCACUCCUCCCGUCGGGGGCGAGGACAAACGUAAGGCGACGGCGGCGUCGGUUGUCGGGGCCAUGGCGGGCUUCAAGACCGCCGGCGGGGGAGCUAACAAAUCCGGAAGCAUUGGCGGGGCGGGCAGUGGAAUUAUGGCAGCUGUUGCUGCAGCUGCGGCCGCUGCUGCCACAUCUACAUCUGUAACAUGUCAAUCAGCCUCGGCUUUGGCCAACGCACAACAACAAUCUUCUUCUUCAUCGACACCGCCGGCGACGCCUGGCGGCCGCAGCAACACCAUGCGCGAGUCCGACACUUACAAGUCCGAGAGGAGAUCAAGUAGCGGCCAUUCCUCUUCGGCAAUUGUUGCGAAUAGGAACAACAAUGUCUAUGAUCCUCGCAAGCAAGAGAUCAUCAAGGCCACGGAGCAGCUGAUCGAGUGCAUCAACAGCGGCGACUUCGACGGUUACGCGAAGAUUUGCGAUACCCACCUGACAGCUUUCGAGCCAGAGGCCUUAGGAAACUUGUUGGAAGGCUUGGAGUUCCAUAAAUUUUAUUUCGAUAACGGCAGUGUCACCAAGUGCCCCGUAUUAAAGGCAGUGUCACUAAGUGCCCCGUAUUACAGGCAGUGCCAGGCGCACACGCAGCAGUGCGAAGAGACGCGUGUAUGGCAGCGCAAGGAGGGCAAGUGGCUGUGCGUUCACCACCACCGCUCGGGCGCUCCCUCGACACCCACCUUCUUCCUCUCCAAGUAA